AUGGAACUAGAAGAAAGAACAGAUUCCGAUUACAUUUCUCAAGGUGAUCAAACCAUACUCAUCGAAUUACUAAAAUUAAGUUUAUUAAGAAAUAGCGUUGUAUUAGAUGGUCAGGUAAAACAACAAUGGAAUUCCGUCUACUCGAAUCAUGAUAGUAUCCGGCCAGAUCGAAUUGUUUAUUUAUUAAAUGAUGAGUUGCGGGAGCUACAAAAUAGAACGAAUUUAGCCGACAAGAACCAAAAUAGUACUCAACAAAUUUACGAUACAAAGGUUAGUGGUCACAAUGCUGUACACGAAAGUUUUGAUCAUUCAGACAAUCGAGUCAAUAGUGUUCAUGAUAAAACGGAUCGAACGGAUGAUAAAUACCUAUCAUAUUCGAAAGGUCAACAGAGAGUUAGUCAAAAUAACAGCGAUAGAUCGGCUGGAAACAGUACAGGACACAGUGAAUCAAGUAGUAAACACACUGAACGUACCAGAGGCGAAAGUAUUAGCGCUAACGUCGGUAUUGGAAGUUUUAGUGCUGGUUUUUCGCAUGGUCAAACAAAAACCGAUAUUGAUGGUAGUUCUAAUGCUCAUGCAAAUCACAAUAGUCAUGGUUGGCAUAAUGCAUCGAGUACGUUCCAAGAUGAUUCGUAUCAGAAUAGCAAUGCGUCGAAAACUUUGCGAGUAACUGGUGAUGACAUGUCAAUUUAUAAUGCAGAUGCGUGGCGUCGUGCAGUAUCGGUUGACAAUAGGAAUCUCGACAACAAUGCUCAAACAUUCGAUGAAUUAAGACAGAAGAAUUUUGAUUUUUAUAUGAAAAAUCGACAAUUUGUACAAUUCAAUGGUGAAAAAUUUAUUGUUAAACCAGUUGAAGCUUAUAGAUUAAAUUUAGCUGAUUAUACUGAAAACAAAAAAUUCGUCGACAAAAAAGUUACUGUGGCACGUAUAGAGUCAAUACAUACUCUGCCGAUCCGCAUUCUACCGUCAUUAUCUUCUCAUACUGGACGGACACAUGUGCCAGCCGUUGAUUCCUACUCGAAUAUAUUUGAAUCAAAAUUAGAUGAAUUAAGUAAAGAGUUUGGUAUAUUCGAAAGUAAUAUGGAAAAAACACAACUAAAUAUGGACAAACAGUUCAAAGAACUACGAACAUCGUACAGUGUUUUGGGAACAGUACCACACAUCGAUAAUCAUACUAAGCUGUUGGAAUCAAGUGUACAUACGUUAGAUUCCACAUUGACAGGUGUGAAAGCAGAUGGUCAAAACAUCAAAGAUCGCGUGAACAAAUUAUAUGAAAAAAUUGCAUCGUUGGAUACGGCAACUAAAAAUAAUAGCAACAGUCUACAAGCACCGACAACAAGUCUAUUUACAGAAGUUAAAACUUUAAUGAGAACCAUUGAAAGCAAUGUAGAAAAAUUGCGAUUAAAUACAGACAGACAAUUGACAGAACUUCAAUCAUCGGAUUCUAUUGUUAAAAAAGACAUUGAAAAGUUAACAGUGCAUACGAGUUACGCUUCACCAUCUGUAGGCGAAAUAAGACUUUAUUCUGGCACAGAACUAAGCGUACCACAUAAUUGGACAUUCUGUCAGGGCCAAGAGCUGUCUCGCACCACUUAUCACAAGUUGUUUUAUGUCAUCGGUACUUCCUUUGGAAAUGGCAAUGGACAUUCAACAUUCAAUGUACCCGAUUUACGUGGUCGUGUUGCAAUAGGAAGGGAUCCGUCGGCGAUUCGAGCAAACUAUGCCCUUGAAACAGGUGCUGCUGGUGGGCAUGCAGUACAUACGUUAACAACAGUUGAGCUACCAACACAUCAUCAUGAGUCUGGGUCGUUGAAAACUGAGAUGAGUGGGUCACAUACACAUGGCAUAAAGGAGCCAGGACAUGCACACAGUCUGCGUUAUGAUGAUCGUGGCUAUUUUUCUGGGAAGAAAGAUUGGGUUAAAAAUAUCCACUAUCCGCAUAGUUCUGCUACUCAGCUCGCAACUUCUACUACUUAUACAGGCGUUGAAGUAUAUGCGUCUGGCAGUCACACACACACAUUAACAGGAAAUACGGCCUCAACAGGAAAUGGAAGUUCAUUUUCUUUACUGAAUCCAUAUCAAAUUUUGGAGUACAUUAUUUACACUGGUGAUUAUGUUGGUCAUGACACAAAAGAUUAUUUCGAGCGUGUUUCUGAUUUCGGUAGUGAUACCCAGUCCCAAACAAUCGCAGACGACGAUCUCGAGGUUCUUGCCGACUCGAACACUGAAAGUGAACAAGCUGACACUCUUGUCUCAGUCACAUCGACCAAACCUAACAAUAUUCGUAUUUGUGAUAAUUGUUAUGAUGGCUCAACUAACUGUUGUGACACAUGCGAAGAUGUUAUUAACAUCUACAAAAAGAAUAAUUGGGCUUAUAAUAAAAGCAAGUUUCUUCAGUGUAACACGAAAUAA